UGUGGGGCUUUCUAUGGUUCCCAAAUUUGGGAAGGUGACUUUUUUUUAGGAAAUCUAGAAAUGUAAUGGGAAGCAUCUGUGUUAGGAGUCAGUAGACUUAGUUUCUAGGCCUGGCUCAAUGUAUGACCUAAAAAGGAAUGCUUACUUGUAGCCGGGUGCAUCAUCAGGGAAGCUGGAGCACAGACUUCACAAGUGGGACCAGACUAGAGGGACUCUGAGGUCCUUUCUGUUAUUCCACAGCUCUUGUUCCCACCGUGUGCCCUUUUCCUCCUGUCCUCUCCCUCUUGCAGGGCCCAGCAGGAACAUGUCUCCUGCCAUCGCGCUGGCCUUCCUGCCACUAGUGGUGACCUUGCUGGCUCGAUACCGCCACUAUUUCCGGCUCCUGAUCCGGGCUGUGUUACUUCGGGGGAUCCGUGAUUGCUUGACAGGGCUGCGGCCUGAGGAGAGGGCUUUCAGCUAUGUGCUGACCAAUGCCCUGCCUGGGGACCCUGGCCACAUCCUCGCCACCUUGGACCACUGGAGCAGUCGCUGCGAGUACCUGGCCCAUCUCGGGCCUCUCAAAGGUCAGAUUCUGACCCGCCUGAUAACCCAACAGGCCCCAGAAUGUGUGCUAGAGCUGGGUACCCGCUGUGGCUAUGCCACCCUGCUCAUUGCUCAAGCCCUGCCUCCGGGCAGCAGGGUCAUCACUAUCGAGAUGGACCCUCGGAUAGCGACUGUGGCAGAAAAAGUCAUCCGCCUCUCGGGCUUUGAUGAAUGCAAGGUGGAGCUGAUUGUGGGGCGCUCUGAGGAGGUGAUCCCUCACCUGCAGGCCCAAUAUGGACUACAUCAGGCUGGACUGGUGCUACUGGGGCACCGACCUCGCUGCUACCUGAGGGACCUGCAGCUCCUGGAAGCCCAUGCUCUGCUGCCUGCUGGUGCCACUGUGCUGGCAGACCAUGUGCUCUUCCCGGGGGCACCGCGCUUCCUGCAGUACACCAAGACCUGUGGUCGCUACCGCUGUCGCCUCCACCACACUGGCCUUCAGUACUUCCCUGCCAUCCGUGAUGGUCUGGCCCAACUCACUUACUUGGGGCCAGGCUGAGGAAGGUCCAUUCUUCAGAGGAUCGCAGGAUGCGGAGAUGGAAAGGACCCUAGAGACCACUUAGUUCAAACCCUCCUUUACAGAGGAGAAACCUGAAGCCAAAGUCAUACAGGAAAUAGGUAGCAGACUGGAAUCUGACCCCAAGUUUUCAGACUCCAAACUCAACCCUCCGCCUAGCCCAGCUCACUGCCUCCUGCAAUAUGGCAUUGCAGAAGAAGCGCAGCUUCCCAAGGAGACUGGGAGAGAGAGUGAGGGCCAGACCGAGCCUGGCAGAAUCAGGAAACAAUUGAUAAAGCUGCUUCCUGCCACUUCCUUCUCUUGGCUUCUCCUCUUUUGCCCAGGCAAGGUCUCCUCUCCCACAGAUUUCUGGCCCCACUGAGGCCUGGGCUUAGCUUUGCCUCAUGACUCUUAUAGAAGAGAGAGGAACGGAGAGAAGAGCCAGGAGAGGAGAUCCAAGUGGCGAGGCACUCAGUGUAUUAGAAAGAACAUUGGAGGGGACAGUUAGGUGGCUCGGUGAAUUGAGCACCAAGUCUAGA